CCUCUGCCACACGUACCGACAGCACCGCAGUAUCUGAGAAGUCCAUGCAUGGGUGUAGUUAAGACAUUUCGGUAAAAACAGCGAGACACAUGUUUUAGGAAAGUGGUCAAGUAUAGCCCAGGACAUGCAUUUCACGCUGAUCGUCACCGCCUUGCUGGGCUCAGCAGGAUCCCUGGAAGCCGUUCACGGGAUAUACGCUUUCGGUCAGUCUGACCUGUUUCAGAAGAGGAGCAACUGCAAACCGAUCCCUGCGUCUCUGCUGCUCUGCCACGACAUGGAGUACACCGACAUGCGGCUGCCCAACCUGCUCGGCCACGAAACCAUGAAGGAGGUCCUGCAGCAGGCUUCGUCCUGGAUCCCCCUGGUCCAAAAGCAGUGCCACCCGGACACCAGAAAGUUCCUGUGCUCUCUCUUUGCUCCGGUGUGCCUUGAUGACCUAGAUGAGUCUAUCCAGCCAUGCAGGUCCCUCUGCGAGGGGGUUCGGCAGGGAUGCGCUCCCGUUAUGUCUGCAUUCGGGUUCCCAUGGCCAGACAUGCUGGACUGCAGCCGCUUUCCGUCAGAUAACGAUCUGUGCAUCCCCCCUGCCAACACCGACAACUUCGCACCCGUCACCAAAGAAGUUCCAAAGGUCUGUGACGCUUGCCAAGAAAAAGAGGAGAAUGACAAUGAGAUCGUUGACAGCCUCUGCAAGAACGACUUUGCACUGAAAAUCAAGGUGAAGGAGAUCUCCUACAUGAACGGGGACACCAAGAUUAUCCCAGAGAGCCGGAGCAGGACCAUCUACAAGCUGACGGGUGUGACGGAGCGGGACAUGAGGAGGACCGCGCUGUGGCUGAGAGACGGCCUGUACUGCACCUGCGACGAGAUGAACGACAUCAACGCGGCGUACCUGGUGAUGGGCCAGAAGAUGGACGGGCACCUGGUCAUCACCUCGCUGAAGAGGUGGCAGCGAGGCCAGAGGGAGUUCAGGAGGAUCUCGCGCAGCAUCCGCAAGCUGCAGUGCUGAUCUCCGUCAGUUCCCACGGACACAGAUGGAUGUAAAGAGCUUCACUCUGACUGAUUAGGCUGUAAUUCUGUUUAGAGACGAACAACUGAAUGUUAGUUCAAAGUAAAAAAGACAGUUACAGUACCUCUGAAUUCAAUAUCCAGUACAUUUUCACUGAGUUUUCAUAAAAAAAAUGACGUUUUAUAUGGAAUUAUUUUACAUUUUUUACCUUGUUCUUUGCAGGAAUCUUGAAAGUUGUCCUAUACAGACAAACACAAACACACACAUAUA